AUGUCGAACGCCAGCCAGAAGGCGGACCAGAUCGCGCACAGAUACUACGCAAAGCUCGCCAUCCUCGUCCACAACGCCCGCGCACACACAGACUCACCCCCGCCGCCGUCGUCGUCGUCGUCCGCGCCCACCAAGUCAGACAAAUGGGUACCCGUCUCCUCUCCUCUCCUGUGCAGCGCGCCACCCACUCACCCACUCACCCACCCACCCCCGCCGCAGUUCAACCUCGACACGCCCGACACCGACGUCUUUCGCGAGCACCUCCGCGUCUACCGCUCGCUCUCGUCCCUCCCCGCGCCCCCGCCCCCCUUCCACCUCCACGUCCUCCUCGCCGUCCCCGACCUCCCCCCGAACCACGUCCUCGUCCACGGCGCCGCACCCGCCCCGCGCCUCCGCAUCGAGCCCACCCCCAAGUUUGUCCUCCUCGAGAGCUGGACCCUCGCCUUUGCCCCGCACCCGCACCCGCACCCGCACCCGCCACCCAGCCCCUCGCCCGCAGCCGCACACCCGCACGCGCCCCACGACCCCGAGCACGACCCCGAGCACGACCCCGACCUCGCCCCGCCCGUCAUAUACAAGCACGGCAUCGGCCUCUUCCGCGCCCUCUUCACCCUCCUCCGCGUCCUCCCCGCGUGGAAGCUCCACCGCCGCCUCCGCAGGCGCACCCGCCCCGGCCCCGGCCCCGCACCCGCGCUCGGAACACACAGGACCGGCGCCCUCGCUAUGCGCAUCGCGGUCGGCGCCCGCCCGCGCGACGGCGCAGACGGCGUCCUCGGCUUCGACGCGCCCCCGGCCCCGCACCACCCCCCGCUCCCCACCGCCUCCCACGCCUUCGCCCCCGUCCCGCACCCCGCCGGCACCCUCGCCCUCUCCGUCACCUACCUCGCCGCCCCCGCCUUUGCCCUCGACGACCUCGAGUCGCUGCUCUCCUCGCGCUUCUUCAGCUCCGAGCGCGAGCAGCGCGACGACGCAGACCGCGAGCACUACCGCGAGCACGACCGCGAGCACGAGCACGAGCGCGAGCGCGAGCACGAGCGCGAGCGCGAGCACGACCGCCCAGGCCACGCACCCCGCGGCUUCCUCCCGACCCUCGCCAAGAACCAGCAGCGCGAGUCCCUCUCCUCCGUCGCCAGCCGCAGCAGCCUCCCCGCCCGCGGCGCCAACGCGGCGCCCUACUCCACGAACGCCACCGGUGUCGGCGCGGGCGCAGGUGCGGGUGCGGGGUCGCCGCCCUCGGGCCUCGCGCGGUACGCCGCACACGCCCACGCCCACGCGCCGCAGCACGUGCGCACGGCGUCGCUUUCGGGCGCGUCGCGCGAGCCGCCGUUUGGCUCGUUUGGCGGCGGGGUCGGGGUCGGCGGUGUGAGGAGCAGGAAGGAGAGCGUGGGGUCGGGGUCGGGGUCGGGGUCGGUAAGGGGAGCCGACCUCCCCUCCUCCCCCUCCUCCCUCCCCAACCCAAGCUUCUUCCCCUCCUCCCUCCCCUCCCCCUCCCCAGGCGCCCUCCCCAUCCGCCGCCCACCCCUAACCCCACUCAACCCCUUCAAAUCCGCCACCCUCUCCUCCGCCGGCGCCUCCGCAUCGGUCGCCGCGUCCGCAGGCUCGCCCUCGCCCUCGCCGUCCCUCCGCCAGUCGUCGCCCCUCGCGGUCGGCACUGGCAGCGGGCCGCCCGCAAGGCCCGCGGCGCUGACGAUACCGGCGACGAUGCCGGCGACGAUGCACCAGGCGGGCGCGAUGUCGGGCUUGUCGGCGGGCGCGCCGAUGCAGCUGUCGUUCCAGCAGCAGCAGCAGCACCCGCACCAGCAGUACUCGCACUCCCAGCAGCAACAGUACCACCAGCAGCGCCCGGCGUCGCCGGGCGGUCGGACGGUCUCGAGCCCCGUCUUGGGCGGCGCGGCUAUCUACCCGGGCGGCGGCGGCGGCGGCGGCGGCGCGGGGAGCUUGUCAGGCGGGGAGGGCGGCGGCGGGGUCGGCGGCGGGGUCGGGAGCGUGGGGAGCGUGGGGAGGAAGCGGUACUCGAGUAGUUUUGGGCAUCGGUAUCGGGAUGCGCCGGGGGGCGCGGGAGGGGUGGGCAGUGCGGGGAGUGCGGGGAGCGCGGGGAGCGCGGGGAGUGCGGAGCGGAAGGAGCGGCGGGAGCGGCGGGAGCGGCGGGAGGGGGAGAAGAGCGCGAGCGCCUCCUUCCUGGGCGCCAACCCCGACGAGGAAGACCUCUCCGCCUUCAUGCACGCCACGAACAGCCCCAAGCCACUCGGCAGCGCCGGCCUCAGCAGCGCCGGCGCCGGCGCCGGCUUCGGCGGCGCGCGGUAUCCGUACCCGCGCGCCAGCCACAGCAACUCCCCGAGCCCGAGCCCCAGCGCGAGUCCGAGCCCCAAUGUGAGUCCACGCCCGCGCCCGCGCGCGCUCGAGCGCAUCGGCGGCGGCGGCGGCGGCGGCGGGCACGGGCUUGCGGGACGGGCGCACGAGCGCGCGCGUGCGGUGUCCGAGUCGGCGCCUGCGUCGCGGCGGGCGGCGUUUGCGCGCGCGGGCGCGGGCGGGGACGCAGGUGGGUAUUCAGGCGGAGAGGCGGGCGCGGGGGCGGCGGGCACGGGGGAGCGGCGCGGGGCGCUGUUGACGAGCGCCGCGGCGGUGGAGGAGGAGCUGCGGCGGAUGAACGCUGCGUUUGAGGAGACGCUGCGUGCGUUUGGGCGGCCGCGCGUGCGGCGGCGGGAGCGCGCGGCGGAGGGGGAGGGUGCACGUGCCAGGGGAGAGAUGGACGCGGAGGCGCAGAGAGAGGGAGAGACGGACGCGGAGGGGGAGGGGGAGGGGGAGGAGGUGAUGCUGGGCGUUGGGGACGGGCUGUUGAUGCUCGGUCCGCCGAGGCCGGGAUCGCGCGCGGAUAGCGUCGCGUCGGAGGAGGUGCUGGGACGGCUGGAGCUCGACGACGACCGCCGGCGGUGA